AUAAUCUUUCUAUUCUUACAAGAAUUAAAUCCGAUAUUAAAAGGGGUGGGGAAAUUUGUCAGUCAAAAUUAUCUGGCCUACAGCGAAGCAUGACAAAAAGAACUUUGAAACUGAAGAAUCUGGUUGAUUUAGUAGUGAAUGAUAUGAAUGAAUUAAAAAAGUGUAAACUGUUACUGAAAUCUAGAUUACAAAAACCAAAGAAAAACAUUACCAGAAAAGAAAUGUUUUUAUACAAAUUAGAACAGUUAUUAGACAAGCCUGUACAAUUCCUUAUAUGUCUAAAGAAAACUCCUAUCCCAAGGGUCACGAUCAUUCCUGAUACCUUUUCCUUCUCCAUAAAUAGUAGAAUCAACAUGGUGGAUAUAAUUAAGUCAAUAGGAGUAAUCCAAAUCACAGAGACAAGUAAAAGACACGUAAGCAAUGAACAGCUGCUGGAACUGAUGCAUACACCUGUGUUACAGAAAUCUUACACAGUGAUAGGUGCUAUGGUGGUUCGUCACAUUUCCUGUGUUACAAGAGACCUGGCAUGGAUCAGUGACGCCUAUGGACGUAUCAUCUUGACAAACACAACAGGUGCCCCUCUACAUAGUGUUACAAAUACAAUAAGUUAUACUGGAGGACACUCCGUAACUCGUGAGGGGAAUCUUAUUUAUAUUGACAGAUCCAAUAACAUCAACAAAUUGUCUACAGACAACACAAUGGUAAAUACUGUUAUAAAGAACACAGACCCAUGGAAAGCAGAGUGUGUGUACUCUUCUCCGUCUAAUGGAGAUCUACUAGUUGCGAUAAUGAGUUAUGAUAAUGAUAAAAAUAUAUAUACAGAUUCCAAGGUAAUGCGGUAUAAUAGUAAAGGACAACACAUUCAGGUCAUUGAACACGAUAACACAGGUCAGAAACUGUACAAAUUUCCUAAAUACAUCACGGAGAACCAUAAUGGAGAUGUUAUUGUGUCUGACUUGUUCAGUGGUAUUGUGGUGACAGAGCGUGGAGGAAAACAUCGCUUCUCCUACACAGGACCUCCUUCAGGAUCACGACUAUCACCACUAGGAAUCUGUGUAGACGCACUGUCACACAUCUUGGUGUCUGAUGCAAAAAGCAAAACAGUUCAAAUGAUUGACAAAGACGGUCACUUCUUAUCACUCUUCACCAAAAUAAACAAGAUACAUGUAUCAGGGGGUCUGGACUAUGACAGCAGAAAUCACCUUCUCUUGGUAGGAGCAACAGACCAUAACAGCAGAGUAUGUGUAUACAGAUACAUACAGAGAAAGGACUAUCUCACACACGAUCAACAUGACUAGUUCACAAAUGUGUAUACAGAGAAAGGACGAUCCACAGAAAAUGUUACUGACUAGCUCACAAGUGUAUAUGAUUUGGUAGUGGAUGUACAGAUACAUUUAGACAAAUAUUAUUUCAUUGGUCAUUGUAAACAAUAAUGUAGAUUUAACUUUAAAAAAUCAAAAUCAUUAAAGUGAGAAAAUUAAAGUAUUUUUUAAAUGUUACAGAUAUAUUGAAAUACAGACAAACAGAUCAACAGGGUUAU